CGUACCUCCUCAACACGAAGUAAGUGUAUUUGACCGGAACCAAGUUCAGCCCAGCUGUUUUGUGUUCCCCCAUCUUUAAUACUCGUUGCUUAAAUGAGUUCCCCACUCCGCUGGCACCGUAAAGGUCCGUGGUACUUCGUCCUCUCUUUGAGAACGCUAAGAGGACGGAAACACGUGAAUGAUGAAUCAUGAAGCACUCCGAGUCAUGUUCUCAUCUGUCUCUUCUCUCCUUUUUCCUCCUGGCGUGGUAAAAUACGUAUGUAGUAGGAGCGGGAACAUACCUACCUCUAACCUUCAAGCUGUUGAGUACCCAGGCACUUACUGCAAGGAACGAUAGCUUUGAAAGGAGACUUUUAGCAACACGUUCUAGAAUAUAUUAAUAGGCUGAGACCACAGCCCACCGGAGCCUAAAAAAGAAAUGGCCAUCUUCCACCUCUUCCCUCUCCUCCCAUUCGAGCUUCGCGCCCUGAUAUGGAAGCUGACGGUCGAGCCCCGCACAGUCACGGUCGUCAUCCUCCACCGGCACGCCAACGGGGCGAGUUCUGGGCCGCCCGGCACAUUCCCCGAGGGGCGAACCGGACCCGGUCCCGUAUGUGUUCUCUCUCACGUCGGCGCCGUCGACGGUCCAAGCCUGCCGGGAAGCGCGGGGCCUACGGCUGUACCAGCAAGCAUAUCCCCCGAGGGCACGGCCGAGCGCCGCCGCUGUUGCGUCUGGCUGAACUUGGACAUCGCUACCGUCUUCGUUGCGCCGUGCAGCCCGCUCGACGACUUCAGGCCGAUCGCACCGCUCAUCAAGCGGGUCUGGGUUGCGCGUUCGUUGAUCGAUGUGCAGUGGUAUUACCCCGCCAGAUGUGAUGCAACACUCACUGCUUUUGUCAACGAAUGCGAGAUUGAUAUCGUGUGUGAGGACGAGGUGGGGGCAGAGGCAUGGGUGGCAUGGCUUAGGGAGGUCCGAGGAGGCAGUUUGGGCGACCUUGCGAGGAACUUGCCUAUCCAAAUCACCAUAGAGGGGCGGGGACCGGUGGAUAUCGAUUCGGAUUAUUGGACGGCGUAGGCGUGCUGGGACGAGUGUCGAUAGAGCGGAGUUUAAUACCCCAUUGAUGGUGUAAUAAUAUCCAGUGUGGUCUGCUUUGGAGAAGUGAAGAUAUGUGGUGAGUGAUAGGGCUGAGGGCUGUGAUGGUCGGCUCAGUCAUGUCUGUGUGAUAGGAAGAGUGGCGAGCCAUUUCCGGGAAGGUGUGACAGGCUAGCAACAAUCGGUAGCUUUUUCUCAUUCUCA